AUGCUACUUCUGACGCUCCUUUUCAUUUCCUCAGCCGUAGCAACACCGCUGCUGGGCAUUGAGCAAUGUGCUCGUGGACCCCCUUUCUGGUGUCAGAAUGUGAAGACUGCGUCUCUGUGUGGCGCUGUGACUCACUGCCAGCAAAAUGUCUGGAACAAACCCCAAAUGAAAGCUGUGCCGUGUGACUUGUGUAAAGAGAUCCUUACAGUCGUAGCGCAUGUUUUGAAGGACAACGCAACUGAGGCUGAGGUUCUCGGCUACAUGGAGAAAGCCUGCCAGCUCAUUCCUGAUGAGAAAUUGUCUGCAGAGUGCAAGGAGAUGGUUGACAAUUAUUACCCUAUUGUCAUGGGAAUCCUCAUUGGGGAGCUGGACAAUCCCGGAGUGGCUUGUGGAGCCAUUGGUUUGUGUCGCUCCCAGCAGAUGGCCUUGGCUAAAUUUCAGGACCAGCUUCUGUCCAAUGAGAUCCCACAGAUUGACCUGUCCCAGUCUGCGUCACCUUUUCUCCUAAAUGUGCCUGGGCUGUUGUACCCAAAGGAAACCCCCAAACCAGAAACUUUAGUUAGUGAAAGUGAUGUUGUGUGCAAGGACUGCAUCAAGUUCAUAACUGACACACAAAAUGAAAUGAAGGCGAACAGCUCAUUUGUACCCGCUUUGCUUGCGAAAGUGAUGGAACAAUGUGACAAAUUGGGACCUGGUAUGAAAGAGAUGUGCAAGAACUAUGUCACUAAAUACGGUAGUCUUGUUCUUCAGAUGUUCAGUACAAUGGAUCAGGAUCCUACACAGCUCUGUUCGCAAUCUGGCUUCUGUAGUGCUGUGAAAAAGUCCACUCCUUUGUUGAAUUUGCAACCCGCCAAAGUUUUACCCGCUGUCAAAACCAUGCCUGCUCUCAAUCUUGUACCUGCAACAAAGGUGGAUUCUGCCAAAUUGACCAAAGUAACGAGCCAACCUCAGGUUCGAGUAAGGGAUUCCCCCAAAUGUGCGAUCUGUGAGUUUGUGAUGAAGGAGUUGGAAGAUAUGUUGCAAGAUCACAAAACAGAGGAGGAAGUGAUUGAAGCUGUGGAGAAAGUUUGCAGUUUUUUGCCCAAAACACUAACUGAUCAGUGCAAGGAUCUGGUCGAGACCUAUGGCCAGGCCAUCAUCGAGCUGCUAGUGCAAGAGGCUGAGCCAAAGACUAUUUGCACGUUUUUGUCUCUCUGCAACGGUGCCACACGUGCAUAUGUCCCGGCCAUUGAUGAGACUGCUUUCAAAAGUGGUGAGUUCUGCACGGUGUGCAAGAUGGCUGUCACCUACAUUGAUGGAAUCCUUGAAAAGAAUGCAACUGAAGAGCAGAUUGAAGAGGCAGUGAAAAAAGUUUGCAGUUUUUUGCCUGACUCCUUCCGGACGGAGUGUGACCAGCUGGUUCAACAGUAUGAGCCCAUGCUUGUACAGAUGCUCCUUCAAAUGCUUGACCCGGACUUUGUUUGCCUGCAAGUGGGUGCCUGUCCUGAGGCUUUGCGUAGACUGCUGGGAAGAGAGCAGUGUAUCCUGGGACCUUCAUUCUGGUGCAGAAACAUGGAGACAGCAACCCGAUGCAAUGCUGUGAAUCACUGCAAACGCCACGUUUGGGCAUAG